AUGUCCGGUUGGCUCUGGUUUUUGGUCUGUUUGGGUUUUUCAAUUGCGGCUCAUCAUCGCAGUUUUCGCUUCGAAGUCAACAACUUUUACAUUAGGCCCACCGUUCGAGACAUCUUUGAAAGCAUCAAUUGGACUCAGCCCAAUCGCAGCACGCUUAGUAUUGCUUGGAUACUCAAGCGGCAAAUAGAUCAGAUGGAUUUGGAGACAUCCUUGGACAUAAUCAAGUCCGAUAAACAGAAAAUGCGUUUAUACCACAUACGUUUGGACGCAUGUAAGUUUCUAACAACUAUUCACAAAAAUCGCAUCUUCACUCUGCUCGCAAAGAGUGUGAAUAGAGGAAGCAAUGAGCACCUGAAGUGUCCCUUGAAGCCAAGUUUCAACUAUACUAUUAGCAACAUGCACCUUAGUGAGGACGAUUUCCCCCAAUACGUGCCUGAAUGCCAUUUCAAAGCAAUAUCUAAAUUCUACAUUCAUCAGAAAGUGGCUGUACGCAUGCUCCUUGAAGGCGAAGUCGACUAUAAGCACUAA